AUGAAGGCGUACAAACACUUUUCCGUGGCCGCGCUGGUCGCACUUGUUACAAGUGAGCGUUCUGUGCCUUCUCCCAAGACUCCUCCCGUGAACAUCUCAUCACUCAAUACCGCCAACAAAAACAUCUAUCCAGCCAAUAUCACGAUCACCAGCGGUGCCGAACCCGAUCAACUCGUCCACACCUCGGCAACGAGCGAUGCCGACUGGCAAAAGUCCGUAUGCCGAGGCCGCAAACUCUUCCUCGCAAUGACCCGAGACAGCGACCAAGGCACACGCUAUAUUGAUCCCCUGACUACACCCUGGGACGGCGAUCUUGAAGAGAAGAUGGUGAGCUGGGGCUGGGACAAUUGGCUCAAAGAAGACGGCUGGUGUGACUUCGAUGGAGAGGGACUCACGCCGGCAUUAAAAGGCCUGGGUAUCAAUGACACAUCUGUCCAGAAAGGAGGCGAGAACACAUGUUGGUCCGCGUUCCAUAACGAUGGUCCGGGUGUGCUUUUCGAUCCGUAUGGCCCUGAUUACAUCGAUGAUAGUGACGAUGAGAUGCUGGCCCGGGAUGAUCAGUAUUAUAUGGAUCCGAACGGGCAUAAAAAGAGGUGCACAGGUGCCCAAUACACCUUUGGCAUCAAUAUUCACGACGGUGUCCUAUACUUCGUCUCACGUACAGGGCCCCUAGAAGCCGCAAAGAAGUUGUGGAAAUAUACGCCGCAAAUCUCCGAACUUCCCGAUCUCCGUGCGAGCUCCGAUCUAGCAUGGGGUAUAUGGAACAAACUAUGCGGGCCUGACAACCUUGACGGUAUCCGCAAGAUUUUCAGUCUGUACAUUACUAAUGUAGAGACUUAUGCUAUUCUGGAAAGAGCGCUUGGUACGAAGAAUAUUGGUGAGGUGAAGAAGUGGCCUGGGACGGAUUUUGACGCAAAAUCAGAGGCGGGGUUGGCCAUUCUUGGCUCCGCAAAUGGACGGGCAGGGGGCUACUUACUUGCUCAGCAUAAGCGUCAGUUGGGCGGAAAAAAAUACAUCUCCAAGAUGACUGUCUUCGAAAGUGACAGGGGAGACCAAUCGCAUGCGACCAUUCUCUUUUGGAUCGAUGAUGUCCCUUCGCCGCCGCCGGAGACAUCGGAGCCUGACGAUGAGAAGAUGGAUACAGGAGUUGGACGGGUAGAGCCGAAAGUUAUUAGGAGGAGGGAUCAUGGAAGGAGUCUUACGAGACAACAUUUGGUUUGGGUGAAAUAG